UUUCGGUUUUAAUUACUUACUUGGGUGCAGGAAAACUAUAAAAAUUCAUGAAAAUAUGAAAUAAUUCCGACUAGUCAACAAUGCAUGAAAAUUAUGAACCAUGAUCACGGCGGCAUAAAUGCAUGUGCAACCAGUUUUAGAAGAUGGCGAUCGUUCUGUCGAUCCCUGAUACUGUCAACCACGUCAGCAACAGCGUGCUGCAAAUCAGCAUUCACACGGGUAUCGUCGUCGUGGAUCAUCUCCUACACUCGGGAUUACUGUUGCGUUCAUUUGUGCUCCUAAAUAUAAGGUCACUAUCCGCUGCUGUUGGGAAAACAUUGGCACAGGCUUGCAAGCUGUUAGGCUACCGCGCCCUGGGCACUAUCGAGCAGCAGGUUAUCACUACCUCCACGUCGUUCUCGUCCGCGCCCAUCUUCCGCUACCGCGCAACCGCCCCAGCCCACUCCGAUUACCCACCGGAAGAGACUAGCAUCGACUCCCUUACCCUUUCUGCCAUUUGCAACGGUAAGCCGCUAGAGAGGGAGAUCUGUAGUGUGUGUUUGGAGUUUUUCGAGCGGUGCGACCGAUGUUUCAUGGCACCAUGCCGACAUGUCUUCCACACCCACUGCAUCCUGCAUUGGAUCCACAUUAGUCGGGAGUUCUCUUGCCCGGUGUGCCGGCUGGACAUGUAUUGCCCGGAUCGGGAGGCCUACUACGCCGCCAAAAUGUACACCACCAUGGUGGAUCUGUAUGAUGUGUUGUUUACUUAUGAGUUUUUGCCGGUGGGGAAGAUGCUGCAGUUGCCGAAUAGUACCAAACCAAACAAAGGUUAACCAUAAAGGGUAUGCAUUUAAUAGACGGCUCUUUUCCAUCGUUUUCGACCAAACAUAACAUUUCAACUUUUUAUUAGUACAGUGUGGUGCUUUGUCUUUGGCAGAACGAAAGUUUUGAUGAAUUUUACGCUUACUUGGUGGUUCUGUAUAUGUAUGUCCUUGCGCUUUGCUUUUUUAUGAUAAAUGUUUGUUUAAAGUAAACGUGCAAU